AUGGCUGCGCUUCCUUAUGGAGGUAUCGUCAACAUUGUCACGCUCGUGUUCUUCUCUGUCUACCUCAGCACCUCCAUCUACCUGAUUGCUCGCCAAGGACUCGGCCGCAGCUCGCCAUGGAUCUGGCUCUCCUUGCUGUCAAUUUGCCGCCUGACGCAAGUCGCAAUCGAUUUCUACGCCACGACGACAUUUCCGAUCAAUACGGCUCCCAAUACAUCGCUGGAAAGCGGUGUUGCGAUUCUCACGUCCAUGGGAUUGACUCCUUUGUUCAUGGCGACAAGUAGCUUGCUCAAUACCACCACUAGGCCCAAAGGACGCCGCAUGCAAUGGAUUCUGGUCAUGGUUCACAUCCCGCUUGUCAUUUCCUUCAUUCUGAUUGUCGCUGGCGGUAUCGAUCCGGAUUCCCGUGAUGGUCCAACGUUUGCUGCCACGGAAGCGACCAAAGCUGGCGUGACGCUAUACGUCGCAUGUUUCGUCGUUCUAAUUUGGGCCACCACCGUUAUUUCUGCACGAUUGUAUUUGGCGGACUCAAACGAAGUCAAGAUUCUGACUACUGUGGUACUCAGUUUGCCAUUCUUCGUUGUCGAUGUCGUCUACAUGAUGUGCUUUGCGUAUGAAGGUUGGGAGCCGGAAGAUUACGAGCGUUGGCAGCAUAUGCGCUUCAACGUCAUCAGCGGCGACGUCACCAUCCAAUUAUGCAUGUAA